AUGCUAAACGAUUUGCCUAACGAAAUUUUGGUGAAAAUUUUUGCUCGACUCGAAUGGGAUUCUCUGAAAGAGAUUCGUUUAUGUUGCAAAAAGUUCACAAAUGUCGUUAAAACGAAUUGGAAACAUUUGAGGGAACCGCUGGAAGAGCUCGAGAUCGUUGAAAGACCCAGGGUCGAGGGGAAACAAGUGCACGAGCAAUCGGCUCAAUUUUACAUUUGCGAGACGGGAAAAUAUUCUCGGAAUCGACAUGAGAUUUUCGUCGAGAAUCGAGAGAAAAUUCAAAUUUUUAACUUAAAAGUGGAAGAAAGAUUGAAUCAAAAAGAAUCGUUUGUAAAGAUUGGGAGUGAGAAUGGUAAUCAAAAAACGUUUAUCUAUGCGGAAGAUGCGAAGAAAUUUAUGGAAAUUUAUUUGUUUUUGCAUCGAUUCGAUAUCAUUCGGAAGAUACGCUUUGAGCAGUUGACGAUCGAUGAGAAAAUGAUUGAAGCUUUAAUCGGUGGAUUUAUGAAAGAAAACUUGAAAAGGAUUCAAGUGAAAAAGUUGACUUUGGAUUCGUGUUUUCUCGACGGCAUUGUACCGGAAGAGUUUCAUCAAAUGAUUGAGACAAUCUCACCAAAAGGCCUUGAAAUGUUUCAAUUGUAUGGGAAUUGUUUACAAAGAUGCGCUGAAUUCGUGAAUCAGAGUUUCUUUCGUUUGAAAUCGAUCAGAAAUUUGGAUCACUUAUCAUUGAAUAAAUUCACUCGAUCGAAUAUUUCAUAUAAAUGGGGAAAUGAAACGGAUUUGUUUCUUGGUUGUCAUCACGUGAAUGGAGAAGGAAACGAGCUUUGGGAUUUCAAUCUUCCCGCUCACACAGAUCUUCUUCGUUUUUACAACAUGAAUGGAGUUGAUGAGGAGACAUUUCGAAGAGAGAUUACGCGAUGGAUAAACGGAGAGCGAAAGAUCAAAUUCUGGCGUUUCCGUUGCCCCGAUCAGCGGAUACUCGAGGAUUCCUUUUGGAAAGAACUUGUGCGCAAAUUCAAGAAACUUGAUAGUAAUGGAGAAAACUCGGAAGAACCGUACGAAUAUGUGAAACUUGAGAAUCUAAAUCACGAGAAAUUAUGGGGAAACAAUCGAAACACACGGGAUUUCGGGCCGAGAUUCGUUUUUCAAGAUAUUCCAUUUUAU